AACAAAGCAAAGAUGGCAGGGAUCCUGGCUUGGUUCUGGAACGAGAGGUUUUGGCUGCCCCACAAUGUCACUUGGGCGGAUCUGAAGAACACCGACGAAACCACCUUCCCUCAGGUGGAAGAUCUCUACUUAGCCUUUCCCCUGGCCUUCUGCAUCUUCAUGAUCCGCAUGCUUUUCGAAAGGUUUAUAGCUAAGCCGUGUGCCUUAGGCUUAAAAGUCCAAGCCAACGGACCACAGAAGGCUCAGCCUAAUGCUAUUCUUGAAAAAGUCUUCACAGCAAUCACAAAGCAUCCAGAUGAGAAGAGGCUGGAAGGGCUAUCCAAGCAGCUAGACUGGGAUGUGCGCAAUAUUCAACGUUGGUUUCGACAGAGACGCAACCAGGAAAAACCAAGCAUUCUUAGGAAGUUCUGUGAGAGCCUGUGGAGAUUUACGUUUUCUCUUUAUAUAUUCACUUAUGGAACCCGGAUCUUAAAAAAGAGUCCUUGGCUGUGGAACACAAAGCAGUGCUGGACUGGUUACCCAUAUCAGCCACUGACGCCUGAGAUUCAUUACUACUAUAUACUUGAACUGGCAUUCUAUUGGUCUGUAAUGUUUUCUCAAUUCAUUGACAUCAAAAGAAAGGAUUUUAGCAUCAUGUUUACACAUCAUAUUGUGACAGUCCUAUUAAUAAUUAUCUCUUAUGUAGUCAAUUUCACAAGAGUUGGAACCUUGACUUUCUGUCUUCAUGAUGUUGUCGAUGUCGUGCUGGAGGCAGCCAAAAUGGCAAACUACUGCAAGUUUCAAAAACUAUGCGAUUUCCUCUUCCUUUCGUUUGCUGUUAUUUUCAUUAUUUCUAGGCUUGGAAUAUAUCCUUUAUGGAUACUGAACACCACAUUCUUCGAACUGCCUGAAAUUGUUGGUGGUUUUCCUGCUUUAUCAGUCUUUAUCAUUUUACUUUCGAUACUUCAAAUUCUCCACUGCUUUUGGUCCUAUUUAAUAAUAAAGGCAGCCUAUAAAGCUCUUUUGAAAGGCAAGUACAUUAUAUGA